CCUCGACUUGCGCAAUCACCUGAGAGCGAUCAUGGAAUCUUAUAAAUACGAGCGGGGGUUCAAUGCUGCUUUCUUAUCUCCCCGACAUCAAGCCGCAGUCUCAGUUGUCCCAUUCCAGCACUACCAUGGCCCAGCCCGACUAUGAGAUCUUCAAGCUUGGAGACUGGGAGCUCCAAAGCGGAGAGACCAUCACCGACGCGCAUAUCGCUUUCAAGACCUUUGGAGACCCCAAAUUCCCCGCCAUUGUCUAUCCGACCUGGUUCUCGGGCUGUACGUUUUCUCGAGACCAUCAUACGAGCGAGAGAAACUAAUAGGUGACACGACGCAGUGAUCUCCGACAACUACUGGCUGGUGGGGGAGGACAAGACGCUGAACCCGCAGAAGUACUUUAUCGUCAUCCCCGCACUGUUCGGCAACGGUCAGUCCACCUCCCCCUCGAACUACCCCGGUCCCCGUCCCUUCCCGACAGUAUCCUUCUACGACAACGUUCGGGCCCAGCAUGCCCUAGUCACGCAGCAUCUGCGCAUCGGCCACCUCCGCGCCGUGAUAGGAUGGUCCAUGGGCGCCGCCCAGAGCUACCAAUGGGCUACCCAGUAUCCCGACAUGAUGGAUCUGGUGGUCCCGUUCUGCGGUUCUGCUCGCACCGCGUUACAUAACCAGGUCUUCUUGGAGGGCGAGAAAACCGCUCUAUUGGCGGCUAAGCAUCUCUCGUCUGCUGGCUCGGGAAAGGGGCGUUUGUUGGAGGAGACCCAGACUUUGACAGCUUGGAGUGAUAACGAGAGACAAAUUGGAUUGAAAGCAUUCGCUAGGGGAUAUGCAGGCUGGGGUUUCAGUCAGACCUUUUAUCGGCAAAAGCUGUACGAAACCGUAUUGGGUUUCAAGGGGUUGGAGAACUUUCUACAAAACUUCUGGGAAGCUUGGGCCCUGAGUAAAGAUCCGGAGAAUCUUUUGACCAUGCUGCAGACAUGGCAGAAUGGGGACGUAUCUCGACAAGCGCCCUACAAUGGUGACUUUGAAAAGGCCAUGGCUUCAAUCCGAGCCAAAAUACUUGUCAUGCCUGCAAAGACCGAUCUUUAUUUUCCUCCGGAGGACUCCGAAAAUGAGGUGGCGUGCAUGAAACCAGGAAUCGGUACACUUCGUGUCAUUCCCUCCGUUUGGGGCCACUGGGCUGGAGGCCCCGGAGAUAGCAAGGUGGACGUGAAGUGGAUUGAUGAGCGAUUACGGGAAUUCUUUGAGGCAAAUGAGCUGGGCUCUUCCGUGGAGGAGAUGGUACAGGCAGGCAAGGACCUGAAAACUUGAGAGCGGAAAAGUGAAUUGAUGUACGGAGUAAUGGAUGAAUGAAUAAGGAAGAAUGAAUCCAUGAAUGAAUCGAUACU